AUGUCUGCAGAGAUCGUCAAUCAGGACACGGUCAACGACCACGAAGAGGAACUCGACAACGGAAACGCCGAGAGCCGCGGUGUCAAGCGUCAGCGCCAGUCCACCGCUGCCGACGACGACGACGAUGACGAUGACAAGCCCGGCCGCGAGCGUCGCAAGAUCGAAAUCAAGUUCAUUCAGGACAAGUCGCGUCGGCAUAUUACCUUUUCGAAGCGCAAGGCCGGAAUCAUGAAGAAGGCCUACGAACUCUCCGUCCUGACUGGCACUCAAGUGCUACUCCUGGUCGUCUCCGAGACCGGCCUGGUCUACACCUUCACCACACCCAAGCUGCAGCCACUGGUCACCAAGCCAGAGGGGAAGAACCUAAUCCAAGCAUGUCUGAACGCGCCCGAACCUGCCGAUGCAAAUGGCGUCGAUGAGGGCUCUGCCGUCGAGUCACCCGAGGAACAACACGCACCACCCCCACCCAUGCCACAAUCCAUGCCACCCCAGGGCAUGCCACGCAAUCAGCAACAACAGCAGCCUUACAUGACUGCCGAUCAGCAACAAGCGCUCCAAUACCAGGCAUACAUGCAACAGCAACAAGCCGCUCAGCAGGGCGCCUACCCGAUGCCACCUCAGCAACAGAUGCAUUCUCGAGGCUAG